AUGGCCGAAACGACACUUGCAAAGGAUCAGGUCAUUUGUCAGACUCCUUCCGUCGACCAGGUUGAAGCAGUCACGCGCCAUGGAGAUCCGUCAGGGGACUUAUUCAACGAUGCAAAGGAAGCCACCGAGGCCGAGCACAACAUGACCCUCAUGGACGCUCUGCGACAAUACCCCAAAGCCGUCGGGUGGUCUGUUCUUGUGUCCGUCUCUUGUGUCAUGGAAGGCUACGACAUGGCCGUCAUUGGCCAGUUGUUUGCCCUCAAAGCAUUUCAAGAGGAUUUUGGUGAACCAAUCGAAGGUGGCUACCAAGUCACUGCCUUGUGGCAGAUUUUGCUUGGCAACGCUGCUUAUAUCGGUGUCAUCAUCGGCAUCUUUAUAAACGGUAUCAUAUCCGAAAAGAUUGGCAUGAAGAAGACCAUGAUAGCUGCAUAUAUUGCGAUAGCGGCCUUCACAUUUGUUCUCGUCUUUGCCAACAGCAAGGCUCUUCUCUUGGUCGGACAAUUCCUCUGUGGCAUACCCUGGGGCAUCUUCAAUGCCACGGCGCCGCAAUACGCCGCCGAGGUCUGCCCAACUGUGCUGCGCGCCUACUUAACGACAUUUAUCAACCUGACCUGGGUGGUAGGACAAUUGAUCUCGGCCGGUAUCUUUCGAUCCGUGCAAGGAAUAGAGGGCAGGUGGGCUUAUGGCAUCCCAUUUGCGAUUCAGUGGGUGUGGCCGGUACCCUUGGUGGUCGGCAUGCUUUUUUGUCCCGAGUCACCGUGGUGGCUGAUACGGCAAGGUCGCAUUGCGGACGCAGAGCAUGCACUCAAACGGCUUUCAGCUCGGGGUGAGAGUAGUGUGAAGAAGACUCUUGCCAUGAUGCUUCGCACAGAUCAGGAGGAGAGCCAAGUAUCCAAGGAGUCGUAUUGGGAUUGUUUCAAGGGAACCGAUCUGCGGAGGACAGAGAUUGCUCUUUGCGCAUGGCCCAUUCAAGUCUUCGCUGGUAUCUCCAUGAAUUCAUACAACACCUACUUCUUUCAGCAGGCUGGUGUCAGCUCCGAAACAGCGUUCAGUAUCAGUUUGGGAUACUAUGCCAUCGGGUUUUUCGGCACAGUCCUCUCGUGGUUUCUGAUCACUCAUUUCAGCCGCCGACGAAUUUUCAUCGUUGGAUUAACACUCAUGUGCUUGGUCAUGUUCAGUAUCGCCUUCGCCGCCAUCGCGCCCUCUUCUAAUCAGCCGUCAAUGUGGGCACAGUCAAUCCUGCUCGUCGUCUGGGUCUUCUUAUACGAUGUAUCUGUCGGACCACUAGCAUUUUGCAUUGUAAGCGAGGUUGGCUCAACAAGACUCCGCGCCAAGACUAUUGCGAUCGGGCGGUGCUCGUUCUACUUUUGGUUCACCAUUUUUGGCAUUGUAACACCAUACAUGCUUAACCCCGGUGCGGGUAACUUGAAGGGCAAGACAUUCUUUGUCUAUGGAGGUACCUGCUUGAUUUCCGCUAUAUGGGCAUAUUUCAGGCUCCCGGAGAUGAAAGGUCGCACGUAUGAAGAGUUGGACAUCUUAUUUGGGAGAAACAUUUCUGCAAGGAAAUUUGCCGAGACAUAUGUCGACGCUUAUGCCGAUGCUAAUGAGAAUGCAAAGGACUCAACAUCUCAAACAGCCAGGUAG